UACAUCCAUCACAAAAUGGAGGUCAUUACCUUCUAGGCGAAGGUAAUUUUAGUGGGUCUAAUGUUUAUUUAUUAACGCUGUGUGAACUUUUAAAAUUUUCUUCAUUUCCCCUCAAACUUACUUACAAUGUGUAUUUAUUCGUGCGCAACGUAACACUCAUCUUUUGCCGCAUGGUGACAAGCACCUUCAACAUGAGGCUCGUGAUUCUCGUAAGAUAUCCACGCAACGCUUCACACUUAUAAUUUCGGUAUUAAAGGAUGAAGGAAAUGGUUGGUGGCUGCUGCGUUUGUUCCGAUGAAAGAGGUUGGGCUGAAAAUCCUUUAGUUUACUGCGAUGGUCAAGGAUGCACAGUUGCUGUUCACCAAGCUUGUUAUGGAAUAGUAUCCGUUCCUCAAGGUAACUGGUAUUGUAGAAAGUGUGAAUCUCAAGAAAGGUCUGCUCGUGUGCGUUGUGAAUUGUGUCCAUGCAAAGAUGGUGCACUUAAAAAAACUGAUAAUAGUGGCUGGGCCCAUGUUGUUUGUGCACUCUACAUUCCAGAGGUGCGCUUUGGAAAUGUAACUACUAUGGAACCUAUUCUUCUGCAUCAAAUUCCUCCUGAAAGAUUUAAUAAGACGUGUUAUAUUUGUGAAGAGAACGGUAAAGGGAGCAAAGCUACGAACGGUGCGUGUAUGCAAUGCAAUAAAGCAGGAUGCCGUCAGCAAUUUCAUGUGACCUGUGCCCAGGCAAUGGGCUUGCUGUGUGAAGAAGCUGGAAAUUAUUUAGAUAACGUAAAAUAUUGUGGCUACUGUCAGCAUCAUUACUCUAAACUGAAAAAAGGUGGUAACGUUAAACCCAUCCCUCCAUAUCGACCUGUACCCUCCACUAAUCCCCUUGAUUCUUCACCCGAGAAAGAAACUAUCGACAAAUCAGUGCCAAAACGUAAGACCAGCAGCACGACUAAGUCUGGUGGACCUGUAAUAACAUCUACCGACAAGCCAGGUGUACUGAAACUUUCAAUAUCAACAAAAGGAAGCAGUGUAGAAAUAAAUUCAGCCGCAGAAGAAAGUUCCACGCUAAGCGCUCAGCCAGCAGCCAUUCCUACAUCCACAUCGUCAAGUGUUAAGUCUGAACUAAGUGAUAAGUUUACCACGUUGAACUUUGUUGAAAGUAUCGUGGCCCCGAGUGAAAGUGUGUUCGGUGACAGUAAGAAUAAAAAACGUAAGGGGGGUGCGCGUACGCCUCCCAACAGUGCCCCUAAAGACAGUGAAGUUUCUCCUUCGGACGAGAAAGACGCCAAAAAAAUGCUGGAUAUAAAUGCUACUGAACAGGGUGGUGAUGCCAAUGCGCCCUCAGUCGUGGUCAAAGCGGAGGGUGCUUAUCCGUCCCCGUCCUCAGCCGCUCCGCUCACCCCUGGCUCUGGGUUUUCCUCACCUGCCGUAUCCAAGGCUUCAAGUACGAACUCUGCAACACCAACAACUAAUUCCAUUGUGGUCUCAGUUCCUUACUCCACUGCGGCCCCUGCAAUAGCAAGCACAAAUGCUGCUGCUCAUGGUAGUGAUAUGUCUCCUGCCAAACGCUCAAGAUCUCAGUCAAAUGAAAAAUCAGAAAAAGGCAAGAAAAAGCGUCACUCAGUAAGCGGAUCAACUUCCCCGGCUGGUGGGAAGAAAAGUUUAGCUGGAUCUAGAACAAGCAGUCCCACCCCAGACACAAACGCUGCCCCUAAAGAUUCCCCUCCAAGUAGUCCAGAAAUUUCCAAUAAGAAAGGUAACAAUUCUACCACCAAGGGCCGUCGAGGUAGCAUGUCUUUAUCUCAGCCCCAACCACAGCCGCAAGCGCAGCCUGUCAAAGAUGAGAAAGAAACGAAGCUAUUUCAAAAUGGUGUCGUGAAUGCUCCACACAUGCUGGGUAAUCAGUUGAAUCCAUCCUCAAUGAUGGCGCAAAAAAUGACGGAUACCCUGAAUGCAGAGCUGGAAGCGCACAGUAUCUAUCGGGCUGAACCAAAUGCCUCUCUUGUUGGACCACAGCUUUAUAGUCGGGUCAUAUCAGAGGCUCGCUCUGGUCGCAGUACACCGAAUGCAAAUUUGAGCACCUCGACAACAGUUACCACUGCAGCUACCACAACAACUUCCACUGCAAGCAGUAAUGGUGCAGUAAGCUGGUCCUCACUUGGAGGGGGCAACAUUCCUCAGACGCUUGACCAGCUCCUUGAGAGGCAAUGGGAACACGGCAGUCAGUUCCUUAUGGAACAAGCCCAGCACUUUGACAUUGCCUCUCUCUUAAGUUGUUUGCAUCAGCUUCGAGCAGAGAAUCUACGGCUUGAGGAGCAUGUCAACAGUUUAGUUCAAAGAAGAGAUCAUUUACUAGCGGUUAAUGCUAGAUUAGCCAUUCCUCUCACCCCAGUCACUCAAGUGAAUAAUGUUCAUCCAGCAACUGUCCAGCAAGUGAAUGAGUCCCGCACUAGUGCAAUCCAUUCGGUCGGUGCUCAGCAACGAAUAAACAAUGUUUACUCGCAGCCACCUCCAAUGGAGAACGGACUGUCAGCUUCUCCUCCGACGAUGUACCAACAUCGUAAUCCCCACCAACAGCCGCCUCAGUCCAGUCCCAAUAUUAGACACCACAAUAGCCCUGCUGUUUACGCAACCGUCCACCCAACAAUUACGACGCCAGGAGUUGUCAGGACAUCAGCCGAUCCUAUGAGCAGGCCUGAUGCCAGAAGGAGCGUUCCAAGCAAUGCAAACAUGGCAGCCUCCGGUUCCUCUAUCCAGUCUGGAGGCUACUCUACUGCUAUGUAUUCCAUGCCAACAUCCCAACAACAAGUAAGAACAUCUUACGAACCAAAUUUAUCCCACUAAAGUGCUAGUUUUAAGUCAGCAACCUCAGAAAAUGGUAGUUCGAAGGAAUGAAAUGCACCACAUGUCAUCAUCGAAACCUCCAAGCUGAGAGUUGCAAUGCCCGCUUCAAUAAAGUGCACCUCGACAAUCUGUAUAUUUUAUUAGGAGCUCCAAUUUUUCCAGCAAUUCAUCGCCCUAAGACUGAACCUACACUACAAGUCUGCAAGUAUAUAUAUAUAUAUAUAUAUAUGUGUAUGUUUAUUAUCUUUUUAGGUGGUAAGUAAAGUUAUCAAUUCAUGUAAACAGCUUAAUUCAGCCACUUUUUCUUAGCUGGUCCCAUUUAUGAGAUUAAAAUGUAGAUUUUAAUUCAUCUGUACACAUACCUGUUUUCUUUUCCGAAUUUCAACAUUUAACCAAGAUAUCUCAGUUGGUUAAAUGCUGAACGGUAAUCUCUGGAAAAGACUUGUUAAACUGGAUUUGAAAAUUACUUCCCGUGAAAAAUAAAUCCUGUUUCAUGAAUUUUGACAUAGAAACUGCCUUUUCCUAACGAUAUUAAAUUUCACGAACUUCAUCAAACUCAAUUGAAGUUUUUACAUGAUUUUGAUUAACCUGAAAGAAAGCAAGUCUCACUAAAAUCAUUACUUUCUGGCUCUAUCAUCUGUGAUGAUUCUAUAUUGUAUUUUGCCAGGCCUCAGUUGAGAAAUUCUCCUCUGAGCUCUUUUCUUUAGCUGUUUUAGGAGAGACUAUUUCCCUUUUGUCAUUAUGAUCCAUGACUGUCAAAUAUUAAUGGACUGUCAAUGGUUUUGUCUCAUUCUUCAGUAAAAUAAGUAUCUUUUUACCCAAUUGCUCAAGGAAGAACUUGGUUUUUUUCUGGCGAAAAAUUGCCACAACCAGCAGGUGAAGUUCGCCCAAGUUCAUUUUCAAGAGGUGAUAGAUUCACCACCAACUAAUUACAUAUGACUCUUGAAUUAGGUGUUGCAAAUGCCUGUCUGCUCUUGCCUAGAGAUUUCGGCUCAGACAAUUAUUAACAGUGUACAUUGUGGGAUGAUGCCAACUGAUUGUCAUAGCAAGGAGAAGCUUCUCAUUUUUGCAAAUUCUAAAAAUUUGAUAGUUUUUCCUUGAAUUCAGCAAAUGAAAUUUUUUAUAUAACUCAAUAAGUUUUAGAAGGUUUUUCUUUUUGUGCUAAAGAUACUAAAAUCAGAAGUUAUUUUGUAUUUGUGAUGAGAUAGCUGAGCAAUUAAGUUUUCUAGUUUCUCUUUUUCACACUUUGAUAAAAGAAAGUGAACCUAGUUCGCAGAUUCCCUGGGUUGUGUUAGCCAAAGAAAAGAGAAAAAAAUGAAACAACCCACUUAGAAAAAUUGGAAAAUUGUGGGUCUCUGAUCUUUAAAUUUUGCAGAAAAAUCUAGUAGACCUAAAUAUGUCAUCAUUAUCAUCAUCAUUAUACUUAAAAUACAGUAACAUCAACUCAAACUUACUGAGUUUAAGAAUUCUGAAGGAAUAGGUAUUUUCUUUUCUUUCAUUCUGGUAGAUGCUCCUACCUUUUGCAGAAACCGUUUUUUGCAACCCAUCGUUCUGAAUUAUGAUGUUGGUCGGGCAUCAAAAUUGCUAGCCACUCUUACCAUGUAUGUAAUUUUGUAAAAUUGUUGUAAAAAAUACCUCCUCUUUUUUUUUUGUUGUUCUGUUUGAAAUGUAAUUAUUGUAAAUUGGUGAGGUAAGCCUCUUAAAAUUAAGCAUAAGGGGGAUUUAAAUUACUGGUAUUCUGUACAGUCAGGAACUUUUCUUCAUUGUAAGUUUGUAUUUCUUUAAAGUUACUCUCUUAAGCUCCUUAUCAUUUCAAUUAUCGUUUAUCCCCAGCGUUAAGUGCGUCUUCUCAUGUUGCAAUACUUUUUCUCUUAGUCUUGUUUUUAUCUUUAUUUUUUCAUCUUGUUUUGAAUCAUCGGACUUGUUCAGAAAAAAUGUCAUAUUAUUUUAUCAUUACCGUUUUUAUUCAAUCAUCAUUUGAUGUUUUUUUUUUGCCUCUUUCAAUUCAGCUCAUUACAUAUUUUAUGAAGAAGGUUUUUUUUUUUCUUAAGACUUUAAUUGAAUCUUGUUAUGCUAAACUUACCAAUCCACGAACCUUAAUAGUCAGAAGAUGAUGAAAAGCUUCUAUUCCUUCAUGUUUCAUUUGGUUUUAGCAUGACCAAGAAAGCUCAUCUCGUUAGAAAUUUUAUGAAUUUAAUCGUGUUGUAAAAUCAAAAAUCCUCUAUACUUGGGUAUUAGUGUCGCAUGCUUCAAUUGAAGUUAUAUUCCAUUUUUUAACCUUUUCAUUUAUUUUUUACUGCUCUCAAGUAUAAUAAUUUUGCUCUGCCUCUUUACAACAUUCUGUUUGCAAUGCAGUGUCCCAAAAUUCAUCACCACAAAGGUUAAGACAUUCUUACCAAAGUUCAUUCCAACAGACCCAGUCUAAUCAGGCAUCUGCCAUUAGUGAAUUUUUAAGGUCUUGGAACUUGUUGCAUUAUUAUUAUUCAAUCAGUUAGAAUUUUGCUUUAGAAAAAGUGAGCUUUCAAUUUAUUUGUUUUGGCUCCGAAAAUUUAUUUUUGUCACUCCUGCAGAUCUUUGGUUCUGUGUGAACCUUUUUUUUUCUUUCUCCCCAAAGGAAAAGUGUAAGGCUCUUGAAAGAUUAUUUUACUUCAGGAAGUGUAAUUCCCAACUUUUGAACUUUUACACCUAGUUAUUAAUUAUUUUGAACCUCUACACUUCUUCAAUUACUAUUUUAUUGCAUAUUCAUUUCAGUGAUAGACAAUUCAUAGAGGGUCACUGAAAAGAGAUCUUGUAAUGCAUCCUCUUUCAACCCUUUCACUCUCUUCGUUAAAUGCUUCCAAAGUGGUGAUCAUGAAAACUGACAAGGCGUACUUAAAGCUCCGUAUGCUUAAGCUUUUUAAAAUUUCCUAUUAUUAAUUUUAGCUCAGGAUACUUUUUAUCCUGUCUUGAAUGAUUUUUACAAGUGACUGAUUUUGUAACGAUAACAAAAACGAACUGAUUGUUUUACGAGAAGUCAUUGUACCUGAACUCAUCAGACAACAUUAUCAAUUUGUGAAAGGGGCUUUGUAACUUAGCUAAUUUUUACUCGUCUUUUGAACCGCAGUGUUCAAAGUCUACACGUAGGUAUCCGUUCAUUUAUUUUUUGUAUUUUUCUAACUCUGCAAUAACAUUUGUGUAAAUUUUGUGCUCUUUUUGAGCCUUGCAACUAAACAUGUACCUGUUUCUCUGUAGAGUGAAUUUUUAGCUAUAAAUUUAGUCUUUUCUUAUUUUAGUUACCAGUCAUUAUGUUUUAAAUGAGUGGUACGUGCUCUCGUAGGGUUUGAAUAGAGUUGUCCCCUCAUCAAUCAUGCAAUCAUUGAAUAUGUUGAUCAGUGAUGAAAUCAAACAGUGAGAUCUUUUUGUAUCGCUUGCUGUAAUUGAAUCUGGAAAAUAGCUUAACGACUUAUUGCUAGCAGGUGCGGCAAUUGAUCUCUCUAUUUCUAUCUCCAUUUCUAUUUGUCAUCAUCUAAUCUGAAAUUAACUUUCAGAUGAUGAAGUGAUCAUGGAAUCUUAACAUUUCCUACUUUAAAACUACAUGUCUUCAGACAGUAACUGUACUCAGACUUUACUUCUCUUGUAUCUGCACAUUUUCCAGUUCAACUAGUUUUGACCUCAAUACGCUUACAAACGAAGAAAAAAAAUGAACUUAAUGUAAAAUCAGUGUAAUACUCAUGAUCUGUAUAAUGCACAUUCAAUUAUUUAGCCUAGUCCCAUGUAAAGGUUUCUGGAAACAGGUUUUCAUGAAUAUCUUAAAAUCCCUCAUACUAUUUCCCUCGACAAAAAUUAAUGACGAAACCUAAAAUUAACUUGUACCUAUUAAAAUUCUCCUGUGAUAAAUAAUCUGCUAGAUACCUAAUUUCUCGUCUCAGGCCUUAAACAUUGAUUCAACUCUUCCGUUCAAACUCUACGAUUGUCUUAGAUGUAGUUAAUGUCUAGAUUAGUCAGCAUAAUUUUCUACCUCUGCUCGGGACAUCUGAAACCCGAUGUGGAGCGAGAAAAAGAAAAAGAAAAAGAAAAAAAACACUUCCUCUAACCGCAAGGAGAGGGAGAAAGUGAAAAUCAUGUCAGCAUUAGUAAUGUUUGAGGUCAUGAAGAGGAUGUUUUUAUCUUCAAAUCAAAAUUAAGUUAGGAAUCUUUUCAUCUCUAGAAUUGUUUUUAUAUUUAUUUAUUUUUCCUCCUUGCAAGCUGCACAGUUUCGGUUUGUUGAUCUUAGCAAUUCUUUAACCCAUUCCCUCAUGAUUACUCAUCAUUCGGUCAUUUUGCCUGGCUCUAUCAUCUAACAAGAGUCUAGUUGGAAACUUUGAUUGCCUCCAAACAGCCCCCCAACGUGCUCAUUGAUGCAGAAAAUGGAGGAAUUAUCAUACAGUGUGUUUGAAGACAUAAAAAAACAACCUUUUAUUUUAUCCAUGUACAAUUAUUUAAACUGAAAAAAUUUUAAAAUCAGCCACAAUAAUGAUCAAAAUGUGGUUUACUGUCGUUUUUUGUUGCAACAAAACUAAAUAAUCAUACGUUUUGGAAAUACUAUUGUGCAUAGUUUCAUACCAUAUGUAUAAGAAUGUUAAAAGGUCACACCAAUAGUCUCUCUGCCAGGAAAUAACUACUGGAGACAAUGUAUAAACAUUGCCAAGACCCUUCACGAGUAUAUUCAUCAUAUGUUUCCAAUGAGGAUUGUACCCCUGAGCAUAAGGGAAUGGGUCUAAUUAAAGCUUCAAAUGCCUGUAACGUGGAACUUCAAAUUAUCCAACAAUUUCGAGGGAUUUUUUUUUCACACCUGCUCCCUCAAGUGCGAAAUUAGUCUUAAAAGAGUCAGUAUGUGCCUGCAAUCUAAGAACUGCUCAUCUUUCAAUUUGAAGCAUGUUUACAAAAUUGACACAAAGUAAAUCAACGAGGUAACAUGGAAAUGAAAAAAAAAUUAGAAUCAUAAUUCUAUCAGAUUUAUUAUUAUCAAAACUCUAAAAAGAAGAUUGAAUGGUAAGAAAAAAGAAAUCGAUGCUUUGAUUCUGUAAUCGUUUGAACGUAUUAAACAUUCUGUAUUUUAAUGUCUAGUGAAUGAUGGUAUCAAAUGUUCUUCUGAAAUGCUCAGUUCUUUUCUAUUUUUCUUUUUAACCUCAAGCAGUAGGCUUUCAGAGGACCUAGUGAGGAGAGCAAUUUUUAUUUUUAAACUGCUUUUUAAGAAAUGAUGUUAGAAGGAUAAAAAAUAAAGAUUUCCAUCUGAAAGAUCUUAUUUAUUGUUUUUUCUUGUGUUCUCUAAUGGUGCUUCAAUUCUCUCAGAAUGAGUUUGGUCUGCAGAUAUUUUUCUCAAAUUUUUUGGACAUUCUGAUUGUAAGAUGAAGAUCGUUGAGACAGUAUCUGAAAACUAUUUCUCUUUCGUAGGUAACAUACUACUAGAGACAGAGCAGUAUUCCCUGAGACAAUGAAAAUUAUCUGUGCUUGUGCAAAACAGUUUUUUACUGUGUUUCUAAUUGUGAAUUCAAGUAGUAAACUAUUUCUGAAUGAGGUCGUCAAUUUUGGUAAAUAAAUUUUUUAAGUCAAA